CAUAUUUAAAGAAUUCCAAGCCACUCUUUUCACUCCCUCCUCCGCCACAAUCUGUAAAUCAACUGUUUUCCAGUUUCCAUAGCUCAAACCACGAUGGCGGCUACCUCUGCAGCCACCGCCACCUCUAUUCCAAAACCCUCCGCUGCACCCUCCUCCUCCACCUCCACUUCCAGAUCACCAAUUUCCAUUUCCAGAUUUACACUCCCAUUCUCCCUAAACCCACAAAAAUCCACAGCCCACCGUUCCCUCCACAUCACAAAUGCAAUCUCAAAACCCGCAACUACAAUCCCCGCCACCACAGCCCCAGUUCCCCAACCUUCUCCAAAUCCCCGUUUUGCCCCUGAUGAACCACGAAAAGGCUCUGACAUCCUUGUCGAAGCACUUGAGCGCCAAGGUGUAACCGACGUGUUCGCAUAUCCUGGUGGGGCCUCCUUGGAGAUCCACCAAGCUCUAACACGCUCGCCAAUUAUCCGUAAUGUUCUUCCACGACACGAACAAGGUGGAGUCUUUGCUGCCGAAGGUUAUGCCCGUUCUUCCGGAAAACCCGGUGUCUGCAUCGCCACCUCCGGCCCCGGCGCCACCAAUCUCGUCAGCGGUUUAGCUGACGCUCUCCUUGAUAGUGUCCCCAUUGUGGCUAUCACUGGUCAAGUUCCUCGUAGAAUGAUUGGUACCGAUGCUUUUCAAGAAACUCCUAUUGUUGAGGUAACUAGGUCAAUUACUAAGCAUAAUUAUCUGGUUCUUGAUGUUGAUGACAUUCCUCGAAUUGUUCAAGAAGCUUUCUUUUUAGCUACUUCAGGUCGUCCUGGUCCUGUUUUAAUUGACGUGCCUAAAGAUAUUCAACAACAAUUAGCUGUUCCUAAUUGGAAUACACCUAUCAAAUUGCCUGGUUAUAUGUCUAGAUUGCCUAAAGUGCCAAAUGAUUCGCAUUUAGAGCAGAUUGUUAGAUUAAUUUCCGAGUCUAAGAAACCGGUUUUGUAUGUGGGAGGUGGGUGUUUGAAUUCUAGUGAGGAGUUGAGGAGGUUUGUUGAGUUGACUGGAAUUCCAGUGGCUAGUACUUUAAUGGGUCUUGGUGCGUUUCCAGUUGGGGAUGAGUUGUCUUUACAAAUGCUUGGUAUGCAUGGAACUGUUUAUGCAAAUUAUUCAGUUGAUAAGAGUGAUUUAUUGCUUGCUUUUGGUGUGAGGUUUGAUGAUCGUGUCACAGGAAAGCUUGAGGCUUUUGCUAGUAGAGCAAAGAUUGUUCAUAUUGAUAUUGAUUCUGCUGAGAUUGGGAAGAACAAGCAGCCUCAUGUGUCUGUUUGUGGUGAUGUUAAGUUGGCAUUACAAGGGAUGAACAAGAUUUUGGAGAGUAAAGGUGCCAAGAGUAAGCUUGACUUUAAGGCCUGGAGAGAGGAGUUGAAUGAACAGAAAGUUAAGUAUCCAUUGAGUUUUAAGACUUUUGGAGAUGCAAUUCCUCCUCAGUAUGCUAUUCAAGUUCUUGAUGAAUUGACCAAUGGGAAUGCCAUUAUUAGUACUGGGGUUGGGCAGCAUCAGAUGUGGGCUGCUCAAUUUUACAAGUACAAGAGGCCACGGCAAUGGUUGACAUCAGGAGGAUUAGGAGCUAUGGGUUUUGGAUUACCUGCUGCUAUUGGAGCUGCUGUUGCUAAUCCUGGCGCAGUUGUUGUGGAUAUUGAUGGUGAUGGAAGUUUUAUCAUGAAUGUCCAAGAGUUGGCGACUAUCCGAGUUGAGAAUCUCCCCAUCAAAAUAUUGCUAUUGAAUAAUCAACAUUUAGGAAUGGUGGUGCAAUGGGAGGAUCGUUUCUACAAGGCUAACAGAGCUCAUACAUAUUUGGGGGAUCCAUCAAAUGAGUCUGAGAUUUUCCCCAAUAUGUUGAAGUUUGCAGAAGCUUGUGGAAUACCUGCUGCUCGUGUGACAAGGAAAGAGGAUCUUAGAGCAGCAAUUCAAGAAAUGUUGGAUACACCCGGUCCUUACUUAUUAGAUGUCAUUGUUCCCCAUCAAGAACACGUUCUGCCCAUGAUUCCAAGUGGCGGUGCUUUUAAAGAUGUGAUAACUGAGGGUGAUGGGAGAACACAGUAUUGAUAUUUCCUAGCUGUCUAGCAUAUAUGUAUGUUAUGUGUAAUUCCAUGCUUAUUACUAAGGUAUGGCAGGUCUUUAGUUUCUACUUAGUUUUUUUAAGGUCUUGAUGCUUUUUGUUUGGACAGAUCUAAUAUAUUGGCUAUGUUUUCUUUCAGCUUUACUAAUGUGAUUAAGUAGUUUGUCUCUGUA